AAAAAUUGUAAAAAUUGUUUAAAUUUUGAAGCUACAAAAGUCUGUCACUAACCGAAGAAUUCAGUUCUAUGAAAAAUAAGUUUUGCCAAUAUAUAUAUUUCAGCAGCGCAUGUGUUAAAUAAAAAAUAAUUUAAUUACAGGGAGAUAAGCGCUAAGCAAUCCUAUAAAGAAGAAUACUAAAAUGUUACUUGCUUUACUCAAAAAAGUUGCUCGUAUAGAACAGACGUGUUUUUGUGGUAAUUUAACUUAAAAAUCUCGAUACUGCGAAAGGACACCAACAUGGACUUCGGAACAUCUUUGGUGAAAUACAUCCUCUUCAUAGUCAACUUCAUUGUGGGUUUGAUCACCAUUGAGUUCGUGGUCGUCCUGAUACAAAACGAAGAAGAUGAGAGUUAUUCGGCCGUCAUACCGAUCGCCGUGGGAGUGAUUUUGGUCUUCACCUCAUUUCUUGGAUGCUGCGGUGCCGCAUGCAAUUCUAUCUGGUUGGCCAAAAAUUAUGCUGCAAUCCUGCUAAUACAGAUGAUCUCGCAGCUGACACUUUUAGUACUGCUGUUCAACAAUAAGGAGCAAUUUGAAAAAUUUAUUGGUUUCGGUAUCGACAUGGCAUGGAAAUGGCAUGGAAUUCGCUGCGGACAGGACUUUUCCGAAGACCACACUGCAGAAAAACUCACCACUCCUGCAAGCAGCCACAAAAGUUCUCCUAUUUCGUCCAACUUUUAUGAAAGAUGUCGUGGAGAGUGGAUCGACUGGGUAACUGGUACCACAAACAACCAUAUGUUUUUGAUUAUCGGCUUAAUGGUUAUUGAACUGGUCUUCUUCAUAUUUUCUUGUUGCUUUGCCAACAACCUGGGAAUCUACAAGAAGCAAAAACAAUUCGUGCUUCCAAUUACUACACCGAAAUCUACGAAUGCUAACUAA